GAGAGAGAGAGAGAGAGAGGGAGAGAUCUAGGUUAUAAUGACGACGGAAGAGCAAACAUAGAAACCUGAACAAGUCGGUCACAGAGAAGAGAGAGGCGCAAGAAUAAAACUGGUCGUGAUCGUGAAUGAUGACGAAGAUGAUCGUUGUGGCUUGAAACGACAGCGUAUGGAAACUUCUGGGAAUUGGGCUUUAGGUGUUAGUUGGCUGCCCAUAUUCAUCGUUCGGGUCCAUUAACUAAUACGUCAUCGUUUUUGGAUCAUCGUCUCCUUCCUUCCCCUUCCUUUUGUCUGUCUGAUAUCAAAACGGAACAAGUGGGGGAGUGAGGACUGAUCUGAACUUUGGUAUUGAUUAAAGAAUCGUUGAAGCAUUGUAAUGGCGACGAGAGAGCAAACAAGUUAGAGAGAGAGUUUAGUUCUGUGAAACACAAUCGUCGCCAAGGUGCUUGCUUAAGAUGAAGGGGAUCAUCAUCAUUCAAGGAAGGUAGAGACCAUGUACAAGUACAACUAAUUCCAUGAGCCAACGUCCAACAUGAUGAUGAUGAAGAAGAAGAAGAAGAACACCUCCAGGUUGGUUCUUUUCAUUGUGGGAGACACUCUGGUUCCGGAAAGAAUAGACAAAUACCACAAUAUCUCCAUGAAGCUGAAGGUUGAAAGGAAAGAGCAAGGAGCAAGUUGAGGCGCUGUCAAAAGAGUUGUCUCAUCGUGCGGUUGUGCCAUGAUGGUAGCAUCAUUCCAUUAGAUGAUUCUUUGGGUUUUGCUGCAAAUUUUUCAUACAUGCUGGGAUAUGGUAGUCCUCAGACGAAAGAGCUCAUGAGGCUUUAUGUCACCAUCCACAGGUUCCGAGCCAGCCAAGCAAUGGCUCUUAUCUUGAAGGAGAUUCUGCCAAGAUCCAAGGUUUGUUUGUUUGUUCUCUUGGACCAGGAAUUUUGGGAAAUUAUCUUCGAUGGCGUUCAGGGGGACCUUCGAAUAACUAUUGCCAGAAUAUCCGGUCCGGUGAUGUGUACAUCCCUCGGGGUGUUUCUGUCCCAGCUCUUGACAAAGAUUGUCCUUGCGGACUAGUUCCGAGCCCAAUCAAUUUUGAGCUGGCCUGUACGUACCCCUAGGCCAGUUGCAUCAAAGCUUGCUGCCGAUACUCAUCUACUUACUGGGAAGAUCAAGGAGAAGGACCAGAAGGUCGAGACCAUGUACAACUAAUUCCAUAAAUGAUACCAUUCCAUGAGCCAACGUCCAAGAAGAACACCUCCACGGACCUGAGACGAAGUGGGAUUGAUAAUGGUGCUGGGUGUUCCUGUUCUCGUAGUGUCACCACAUUGCUACAGUACUCCAACCUCGAUGCUGUUGUGUAUGUUGGUUGUGGAGAGAGAGGAAUUGAAAUGAUUGAGGAUAAAGAGCUAUUAGAACCAGUAGCUACAACACAAUGCAAGCCGCAGGAAAUAUCAAGUUACUCUUACCGAAACAAGCACAGAAGUCAACAACAAGUCAAAGAGUCUAUUGACUUGGCUAACAUGCCUGCCGACAGUGGAUAUCCUGCCUAUUCAGCAGCACGUUUAGCAUCUUUCUAUCAACAUGCUGGUAAAGUAAAAUGUCUUGGUGGACCAGACCUUGAUAGAAGUGUUACACUUGUUGGUGCAGUUUCAUCUCCUGGAGGAGACUUUUCAGAUCCUGUGACUGUUGCAUUUCUAGUCACCCUUACUAUUGUGCAGAAUUCAGCUGGUCAAUAUCCCCUUAAGGAUGCUGUGAUAGAGCUGGAAUUCCAGGGGAUCAAGAAAUCUUACACAAUGCUUCAGAGCUGGCCUCUUCGUACUGUCGAGGAUGGGAGGACUUUGUUGUUUCCAUGGCGGAAACAAGUGUUACGAACACAUCUAGCUACCUCUACCAACACAAGGCAAAAGGAAGUUUUGCUGUGGAUCAAAUCAGAGGAACGUGGAGACAAUAUAUCAAAGGAACAGCCCAAAGAUUAUGUCUGGGGAACGUUAAACAGUGGCAAGGUUGUUCCAGGAUAUAUCCAUGGUGUUUUGCGUAAAACGGUACCAAGAUAUGCGUCCCAAAGAGAGUUUGCCUUGAAGCAUCACCUGAUGAUCCUUUUUUCAGCUAGUAACAUUUUCCCCCUUAAUACUUUGGUCAUACUUUUUAAUUGUUACUGGCUCACAAAUUAAUCAACUCGAUAGUUCUCAGAGCUUUAUGAAGUGAUGCCUCCUGGCUCCUAUUCUAACUGAGCUGGAAAGGGGAACGAGUGUUACAAACAUAGCUGCUAGCUCUACCAAUCCAUGAAUGUGACCAUGAGCAACGUCGAGGAAGAAGAAGAACCCUCCAGGAUAAAGAGCCGUGUUAGAACCAGUAGCUACAAGCCUACAACACACAAAGCAAGCACAGAGGUCAACUUCAAGGCCAGUAAUCUAUGGGAUGCGGACGUCUGAGCAGAUAUAAAACAAGGACAGAGGUCAACAUCAAGGCCAGCAGUAAUCUCAGGGAUGCGGACGUCAGAGCAGAUAUAAAACAAGGAGACCAUUUCUUGCCUAAACCACCACUGCAGUUUCCUCGGGGAGACAAGUCGAUGGACUUUAAUAAAAGCAUCAAACUGCUGGAAAGAUAGCUAGUCUUCUGAGGAAUCCAUUCUGCACUCAGGCCAAAAAAUUCAGCCACAGUUGUCUCAAGCCAAACGCAGUCAUCAGCAAAAUGUGUAGAGGGAAACGAGUGUUAAAAACACUGAUUAUGGAAAGUCAUGCCAUCAACAACAAGUCAGAGAAGAGAGAAUGAAGUAGAUUCAGAACGAAACUGUUGCCAGCUUGCUUACGGUAAUUGUUAAAUCCAACCUGUUUUCGUCAGAACAGUGUUUGAGGUUUCGGUUUUACAGAUCCUUGUGUCAACAUGGGUUACUAUAACAAUGUGGAGAUCUAAACUAUGGAAGUCAUUCUCCUGGCUUAUAACUGGGAAUCUCACAAACAUGAUCAGGCUUAUAACUGCAGUUAUUCAGCAAACUAUGUGAAGGAAUACAUUGGAGCGUUUGUGAACCAUCCAGAAGGUCUUGUCACCUAUGAAUCUCAUCGAGAAGGAACAAGGGUAUAGCUGAGCAAGAUCUUAAAAAAGUGGAUGUAAUUGCGCUACAUUCUUUUGUCUCCUGAGGUCAUUUCUCGCUAGGCUACUAUAAAUAUAGGAACCAUUGGACAUAUCGCUCAUGGAAAUUCCACUGUUGUGAAAGCUAUUUCUGGUGUGCAGACUGUCCGUUUUAAGAAUGAAUUGGAACAUGACCAUUAAGCUUGGAUAUGCAAAUGCCAAGAUUUACAAAUGCGAGGAUGAGAAACGGCCUAGACCACAAUGUGCUACAAGUGAGUCCUUUCUUGCAACAGUGUUUUCCAAUCUUCUUCUUCUUCUACUAUACCUUUGUGUCGAAGUCUUAACAAUUUGAGACAGAGAAGUAAAGAAAGAGUACUUUUUGAUCUUGCUGUAGUAAGAGAUGUGUUUCUUUUA